UUGACGUCACCGCCGUGUUGAUUCGCUCACCCUAAAGAAGAAAGGAGUUAGUGCGUGUGUGAGAGCGGCUACUGCGAACUGCGUUACUACGCUGUAGCCCCCAUAACCACAUACAGGAAUCAAAACGUGCAACUUACGAGGAAAGACUUCAUCGUUUUCUUUCUUGCAAAGAUAACCGAAUACAAAGCUGAACGGAAAAGGCGAGCCCCAUGAGUCGGGCUCGUGGACUGCAACAGCACCACAAUGGACGUAACUAAAAUGGGUCUGAUCCAGCUCCAGAACCCCAACCACCCUACCAGCCUGUUGCAGAAGGCCAAUCAGAUGCGUCUGGCCGGCACCCUCUGCGAUGUGGUCAUCAUGGUGGACACCCAGGAGUUCCACGCUCACCGGACCGUGCUGGCGUGCACCAGCAAAAUGUUUGAGAUCCUUUUCCACCGCAGCAGCCAGCAUUACACUUUGGACUUCCUCUCACCAAAGACGUUCCAGCAGAUCCUGGAAUACGCGUACACCGCCACUCUGCAAGCCAAGGUGGAGGACCUGGACGACCUGCUCUACGCCGCCGAGAUCCUGGAGAUCGAGUACCUGGAGGAGCAGUGCCUGAAGAUCCUGGAGACCAUCCAGUCGUCGGACGAGAACGACGCUGAGGCCGGCGUGCACGACGGCGGCACGGAGGACGACGACGAGCGCAAGGGCCGCAACGGAGGCAAGAACUCCAAGAAGCAUUCCAUGGAGAACCCUUACCUGUCUGCCAGCCAGCAGGCCGCCGCCGCUGCCAUCGCCGGCAUGGUGGACCAGAGCCCCUCGGUGUCCACCUCCUUCAGCCUCUCCACCCUGAGCCCCACCCGGGCCGCCGUGGACAGCCUGAUGAGCAUCGGCCAGUCCCUCCUCCAGCAGGGCUUCGGCGGCGAGCACCUCGCCCACGGCAACUCCCACCAGCUGAUGGCCGACAUCAAGACGGAGAUGAUGCAGGUGGACGUGGGGGGCAACGGGCGCGAGAGCCCCCAGAACAUGGAGUCGAGCGCGUCCAGCAAUGGCGAGCGCAACGCCGAGGACCGGAACCGCGACGGGCCCGGGACGCCCACCCGGAGCAGCGUGAUCACCAGCGCCCGCGAGCUUCACUACGUCCGCGACGAGGGCCUUGGCGACCCCCAGGCCGAUCUCAGCCAGAUGGGCCUGGAGGCCAUGGCCGGCAUGACGGAGAAGCACCUGGCCUCGCUCUACUCCCUGCCGCCCAACCACAAGACGGACGGCAUGAUGUCUCUGCCGGUGUCCAUGGCAUCCGGCCUGCCCAUGUCCCCGGCACUGGCCAUGUCCAUGGACUUCAGCGCCUACGGCGGCCUGCUGCCCCAGAGCUUCAUCCAGAGGGAGUUCUUCAGCAAGCUGGGAGAGCUGGCGGUGGGCAUGAAGCCGGACCCCCGGAACCAGCACGAGCGCUGCAACGUGUGCGGCGCCGAGCUCCCUGACAACGAGGCGGUGGAGCAGCAUAGGAAGAUGCACAGCGGCAUGAAGACCUACGGCUGCGAGCUGUGCGGAAAGCGCUUCCUGGACAGCCUCCGGCUCCGGAUGCAUUUGCUCUCCCACUCGGCUGGUGAGAAGGCCAUCGUGUGUGAUCAGUGUGGCGCCCAGUUCCAGACCGAAGAAUCCCUGGAGUCUCAUCGGCAUAUACACACCGGCUCGGACAUGGCCAUCUUCUGCCUGCUGUGCGGGAAGCGCUUCCAGGCUCAGCCGGCGCUGCAGCAGCACAUGGAGGUGCACGCGGGCGUACGGAGCUACAUCUGCAGCGAGUGCAACCGCACCUUCCCCAGCCACACCGCACUCAAGCGCCACCUGCGCUCGCACACAGCCGGCGACCACCCGUACGAGUGCGAGUUCUGCGGGAGCUGCUUCCGCGACGAGAGCACGCUGAAGGGCCACAAGCGCAUCCACACGGGCGAGAAGCCCUACGAAUGUAACGGCUGCGGCAAGAAGUUCAGCCUCAAGCACCAGCUGGAGACCCACUACCGCGUGCACACAGGUGAGAAGCCGUUCGAGUGCAAGCUGUGCCACCAGCGGUCCAGGGACUACUCGGCCAUGAUCAAGCACCUGCGCACACACAACGGCGCCUCGCCCUACCAGUGCACCAUCUGCCUGGAGUACUGCCCCAGCCUGUCUGGCAUGCAGAAGCACAUGAAGGCCCACAAGCCCGAGGACGUGCCCUCGGACUGGCGCAUCGAGAAGACCUACCUGUACCUCUGCUACGUCUAGCGGAGCCGUCGGGGGGGGGGGGGGGGGGG